AUGGAUGAACAAGACCCAAAGGAGCAGGAAGGAGUUGCAUGGUAGCCCACAGGUGCAUAGAGAAUGACAGGAGCAAUGGCCUCACACACAGUCACAGCAAUCUCCUCCUCCUUGAUUAUGCCUCUCAAUAUUUCUCAAUCAUUUCUCAGACCCUCAAAUCUCCCCCUCCAGAUCCCACCUCAAUCCAACCCCACACAUCGCAAUCCCAUCCUCAAAUUUCCCACCACUAGAACCAGAGCAACCGUUGACGGCGGCGAACAAAGCGCCACCGCCGUACCUAUGCUUGUCCAGGAACCGCCGCAGCCCACCAAAGAAGUGGAGGAGAGUGUGAAAUUGCUGAAGAAGGCCGCAAAAACAAGACGGGUUGCGAAGGAGGAGGUUCUGUCAGCUCUAUCGGUCAUUGAGAAGGGAAAGCUCGACCCUUCCGGCUUUCUUAAUACGCUUGGCGGAACAGAAUCCCCGGGGAGAACAUGGAUGCUCAUAUUUACUGCUGAGAAGGAAUUAACGGGCGGUCGCUACUUCCCUAUUACCGCAGUUCAGCGAUUUGAUGCUGCUGGAAAGAGAAUUGAGAACGGAGUGUAUUUUGGGCCAUUUGGAUGCUUAACAUUUGAAGGAAGAUUUUCCUGGAAGAAGAGAAUACUAGCCUUCGUCUUUGAAUCCAUCCGGAUAAAAAUUGGACCUUUGAAAACCUUAGAGAUCGGUCUAGGCCAGAAAGACGACAGAGAGCCUAGCACGAAGGAUCCAUUCUUUAUAUGGUUUUACAUUGAUGAAGAACUAGCAGUUGGCCGAGGCAAAAGUGGGGGGACUGCUUUCUGGUGCCGUUGUCGCCAUGUUAUAACUUAAUUUCUAUUUCAGUCAAAUACAGAUGUUGGAUUCAGUUUUACGGAUCAUAUUAUACAUACACAUACAUAUAUCAGGAAAUAUCAAGGCUAUGUGAUGCUUCGUUUACAUUA